AUGUUGAUUGAUAAUGAAUCACCAUACUUGUACAAUCUCACGUUAAAACCACCAUCAAACUACCCCCAUUCGGCACUUGGGCAAUUCAUCCCCAAAUCAAAACAACAGCAAUUAGCACUCAUCUCAUCAAGUCAUUUGACACUACUUAUUGCAGAUCCAGAGACAGGAAAGCUUAGUGUUCAAGUGAGUCAAAAUCUAUUUGCGGUCGUCAAUGCUGUUGAUAAGCUACGAUUUAAUGAUCACGAUGUAUUGGUAUUGACUAGCGAUUCAGGUAACUUAUCUAUCAUUCAAUAUGAACCUAAACGAAAUGAAUUUGUGUCAAUCUGUCAAAUGCCCAUGUGUAAGAAUGGAUGGAGUCGAAGCUACCCAGGUGAAUUUCUCGCUGUGGAUUCUCAAAGCAGGUGUAUACUAGUGGGCGCCGUUGAGAAGAAUAAAUUCUUGUAUAAAGUUGAACCUGGUGCAGAGAAGUUAGAAUUGAGUUCACCAGUGGAAUACGUUAGCGUUGUUUCUAGGGGCAAACAACCACUACUAUGCGUGUCAUUGAUUGGUUUGGAAAGUGCUUUUGCUAAUCCACUUUUUGCAGCAUUGGAAUUCGAUUGUGAGCAACAAGUGACAUUAUUAAAUUAUUAUGAAUUUGAUCAAGGCAUGAAUCAUGUAGUCAAACACAAGUCCAAAGUAGCUACCGUACCCAAUGAUGCUAAUUAUUUAGCACCAGUUCCUGGUCAUAUUGGUGGGGUACUUGUUUGUGGUGCAAAUUGGAUCAUGUAUGAUAAAUUGGGAAACGAGAGUAUUUUGUUGCCAUUACUACGACGCAAGGAUCAAACUUCCGUGAUUAUAAGUCAUGUCACACAUGCAUUGAAGAAAAAAAAUUAUGGAUUUUUUAUUUUGUUGCAAAAUGAUUUAGGAGACUUGUUUCGAUUAAUCAUUGACUAUGAUUCUAAUCGUGAAUUGAUCAAGGAUAUUGAAAUAACAUACUUUGAUACAAUUCCAGUUUGCUAUAAUUUAAAUAUUUUCAAAAAUGGACUUUGCUUUGCCAAUUGUAUAAAUCGAAGUCAAUUGCUUUAUCAAUUUGAAAAAUUGGGAGAGGAAAUUAGCGAAGAAGAUAUACGAAUAAACAAAACAGUACAGAUGGACAAUAUACAGUUGACCAAGGAAAAAUAUUUUGAGUUUAAAUUGAAAGGGUUGGAUAAUUUGGCAUUGAUCGAUGUUGUUGAAUCAUUAAGCCCUAUAACGGACUCAAUUUUGAAUGACGAUACCUUGGUCACCUUAUCAACUAAAUCAAAGUUGAAGACUAUCGUUCAUGGAACACCAACUACCACGCUAGUUGAAUCGCAAUUGCCGAUCAAACCGACAAACAUAUUCACCACGAAAACAUCAGCAAAUGCAGUUGAUGAUGAGUAUCUAGUCAUCACGUCGACUCUUUCUUUCAAAACGUUAGUUUUAUCGCUUGGGGAAGUAAUUGAAGAAGUCAAUGACUCUGAAUUUGUAUUGGACCAACCUACAGUUGCUGUCCAGCAAGUCGGCAAAUCAUCAAUAGUACAAAUAUACUCCAAUGGUUUACGACAUAUAAACGGCAAUAAAAAAGUGACAAAUUGGUACCCACCAGCUGGUAUAACUGUUACCCACGCAACUACAAAUAACCAACAAGUUUUUCUUGGAUUGUCAAAUUUGGAAUUGGUUUACUUUGAAACUGAUCCUGAUGAUGAUCAAUUACGCGAGUACCAAGAUAGAUUGGAAGUCUCCUCACCUAUUCGCAGUAUGUGUAUCCUGAAAGAACAAAGUUCAUUUGCUGUAGUUGGAUGUUCAGAUGAAACUAUUCUGGUGAUUUCGUUACAGAGACAAAAUUGCUUACAAGUUAAAUCUUUACAAGCGUUGUCAUCAAGCGCAAACUCCUUAAUUAUGUUAACGCAUAAGCCAGGCACGACUCUAAUUCAUAUUGGUAUGGAUAAUGGUGUUUAUGUGAGAACGAAGAUUGACACAUUUAAUGGGAAACUAUCCGACACGAGAAUAAAGUACCUUGGGCCUAAACCAGUCACGUUGAAUGAGUUGAAGUUAUCCGAUGAUAUAAUUGGUGUAUUGGCAAUUUCGUCAAAGCCUUGGAUAGGUUACUUCCAUCAAGGUAAAUAUCGUUGUACGCCGUUAUUGGAUAUUGAUAUUAUCAAUGGCGCAUUUUUCAAAUCGGAGGACAUUGGUGGCGAUGGAAUUGUAGGUAUACAUGGUGAUAACUUAGUGAUUUUUUCAGUUGGGAAAGAAGAUAGUUUAUUUGAUCCUAAUCAAGAGUUUACUGUGACUGAAUUGAACUUGAGGUACACGCCGAGGAAGAUUGUUAAGGGUGAUGAUGGCAAGUUGUUUGUGAGUGAAGUUGAACUAGGUAUAAAGACUCCCUAUUUAUCGAACUUGACUAAAGAGGUUGAGGAUACUGUUGAUCCGGAGUAUUAUGAAGCUUUUGGAUAUGAAAGAGAUUCUGGAUGUGCUUCAUGUGUGCAACUUGUCCAAGAUGGAGAAAUUAAACAAACGUUGGAGUUUGUCAAAAAUCAGAGGAUAGUUGACAUGAUUAAGAUACAGUUCAAUAAGAAUUUAUAUUUGGUUGUUGGAGUGACUAAACACGAAGACAAUCUUUUAUACACUUUCAAAAUUGACAAGAAAAAGAAUUUGCAAUAUAUUCACAAAACUGAAUUGAAAUAUGUACCACAGACAAUGGAAGUUUUCCAAGAUAGGUUGCUUGUUGCUUCUGGUAAUUCUAUUUCAUUGUACGAGCUUGGUCAACGACAAUUGUUACGAAAAUCAUUAACGAGGAUCGACUUUAUACAAACGAUAGUUAAAGUCACACCUCAGCCUAGAGAUCGUAUUUUAUUAGCUGACCUGGCCAAUUCGAUUGUGUUUGCUAAAUUUGACCAAGAGGAAAAUCAAUUUGUAUCCAUGGCUGAUGAUACCGUGAAACGUAAUAUUACCGCAUGGAAACAAUUGGAUUAUGACACGGUAAUUGGCGGUGAUAAAUUUGGUAACAUUUUUGUUUCUCGAUUAGACCGUGAAGAGUCGAAACAAAUUGAUCAGAAUUGGACGGUAUUGAAACAAGCAGCUAAAAACUCUCCCAAUCUAAAUUCGUGUGUUUACAAAUUGCAGAACCUAUGCGAGUAUUAUAUCCCUGAUAUUAUUACUUCGUUCCAAUUAGGUUCAUUCAAUCUAGGUGGUGAAGAAUGCAUAAUCUAUACUGGUUUAACGGGGACAAUUGGGAUAUUGUUGCCACUCAUAUCCAAAUCGGAAAUUGAACUCUUGCAUGAUUUACAAUUAGAGAUUAGUGCGUAUAAUGAUAAGGUUAAUGUCGCUGGUAAGAAUCAUGCUAAAUUGAGAAGUUAUUAUAAUCCAGCAAAGAAUAUAUUUGAUGGAGAUUUUUUGGAAUUGUAUUUGAACUUACCACUUGAUGAAAAAUUGAAAAUCGCAAAGAGGUUGAACAAGUCUGUUGGUGAAGUGGAGAAGAAAUUAAAUGAUAUUCGAAAUCGUUCAUCAUUUUAA